AUGGAAACGAUCCGGAGAGCGGUAUACCAUGCUAUUCUCAUAGGUAUUAACUCUCCAGACACGGAGGACGAGAGAGGCCUGAGUGGAUGCGUUCCAGACGUGCUAGAAAUCACCAAGAAGCUAGAGCAAUGCUCCAUCGAUGGUCUGCAUAUUCAGAGCCUGAUAGCGAGCUUUCAGCCAGACCGACGCGAGCCGAUCGAGCCGGCACAGCUCUGGCCUACUUAUGACAAUAUCCACUCGUGUCUCUCCAAGGUUGUGAGAGAAACGCAAGCUGGCGACUUUGUAUACAUACAUUUCUCCGGGCACAGCACACUGGUCCCUCCGAGGUACCCGCAGUCGAAUCGGCAUACAGGCGAUUUAGCACUCGUCGUACUCGAUGGUCCAGCCGCAGACGAACUGCGGUACUUCCACAGCAUGCAGCUAGCCGAAUACCUCAAGGCAUUGGUUCAACAGCAAGUCCGCGUGACUAUCGUUCUAGACUGCUGCUAUUCUGGAAGCACCUUGCGACACGAAGAAGUAAUUCGUUACCUCCCCUACUGCCCCGAGCUAGACAAGAAACAUCUGUCAACCGACGGCACAGCGCCCCUUGGACCCAUGACCUCAGAGCAGUCUUCUCUUCGGGGUCCAAGACUACCAACUUUGGAGCUCAACUGGUUGGCUGACCCAGAUGGCUUUGCAAUUCUCACGUCGAGCGACGCCACAGAACGGGCGUACGGAGUGAAGUUUGGGGACGGCUCACGGCAUGGAACACUGAGUUACUACUUGCUCGAGGCCUUCGACGAGGCCGAUGGAGUGGGUGGCAACAUGAUCCAGCUCUUCCAACAUGUCUCUGCCAAGAUCGCCGACAGCCGUCGUUACCACAAAUCAAAAAAGCAAAAUCCAAUGCUGAUAGGCAACAAAGAACAGCUAUUUUUCGGGCUCCCAAAACCAAGCUCCUUAGGUAACAUAGCUGUCACCAAGGUUGCGGUGGAAACCUACUCCAUGUUGCGGCUUCAUGCCGGAGCAGCCCAGGGAGUUGCGGUGGGAGACCUUUUCGCCAUCUACAAGUUUGGGCGUUCGAUUUCUCCCACUGAAGCUACACCCGUUAUCGCAGAAGCAUCGAACGUCCGCGGUAUUACGUCGAGUCUGCACGUCAUAGAAGACACGGGCGGACUUUCUAAAAACAUCGAUACGGGCUGGCUUGCAAGAGCCGUAACACGACACAACCUUCACCAAUAUCCAGUCAAAGUCGGAUUUAGCCCAGAAUACCGCGCAGAGUGGCAGGAAGCACUACAAAGUCGGCCAUCUAUGUCCUGGCACGAUCACAAUAGUGAAGCAGAUACAGAUUACCUGAGGCUCGAGGAAACUGACGAUGGGACGAUGAGUGUAACAGACAAUCAAGACCGACUUAUAGUGAAGUACGACGUGACAGAUGCCUCUGAAAGAGACAUACAGCAGUUCUUGAGCCGCAUCCAGCAUUUAGCUUCAUUCAUGCUUGUACGAGAUCUUGUGAAUCAUGACACUGAUAUUGGCACACAGCAAUUCAAAAGCUCGUUCACUGUUACUCUCAGCAAAGAAGACGACGAGGUUCCUUUCAAAUCAGGCUGCCACAAGACCUCAGAUGUGCACGAUGCAUGUGCCCAUCCAGACUGUGUGAUACAUCUCACUCCAGCGGAUACGGUUAAGCUGAAGGUGGAGAACAAAGCCCAGAAAAAGGAGGAGAAGGUGUUCCUUUAUGUCUUUGCUAUGGGCUCGGGAUGGGAAAUUACGGAAAUGACCAGGUCGAGUGGUGUUGUUGUUCCCGCCGCAGAUACACGAGAUGGGUUUGCUACGCCGGGCACUUAUCAGAGAGGGAUGCGAUUUCCGCUAGAAAACGGCCAGGAAGAAUGUGAGGAGGUGGUGAAGAUUUUUCUCACGAGGCAGCCCACGUCGUUCACCAUGUUGGAGCUACCUAGGCUUGGUGAAUAUAACCCCGUCCGCGUGAGAGCAGAGAGUGGCUACAGAUUGUCAGCAUGGGAGUCGGAGGACUGGGCUUCGGUCACCUUUCGAGUCCGUAUAACCGAGCUCAAAACGGGCUCGUAG